AUAAAUUUGUAACAUUUGCAUGUCGUGAAUUUUGUUUAUAGAAAUUUCGACCAAAAGUGGACUAAUGGCUGUAGAAGACGUGGCUAUAAUUGGCUGUGGUGUGUCUGGUCUAACUAGCAUUAAAUCCUGCCUAGAUGCUGGCCUGAAACCUAUAUGUUUUGAACAACAAUCUACUUUCGGAGGCGUAUGGAAUUAUACCGACGAGCCUCGACAGAAUUUAGCAUCGGUCCACAAAAGCACUGUCACAAAUACGAGCAAAUUGCUAACAGGUUUUUCUGAUUUUCUUAUUCCUAAGGAGUUUCCAAAUUAUUUGCCUCAGAGGUUAAUGCAAGAGUAUUUGGAAAUGUAUGCAAAGGAAUUUGAUUUGGCGAAGUGUGUUGAGUUUAAUACAGAGGUUGUAAAGUUAGAGCGGAGCGCGGAUCACGGAGACACGGGAAAAUGGGUGAUUUCUACCAGGUAAAGUUGCCCCAAACUUCGUGUUACGGUAACUUUUUUUAUAAACGGUAAAAUGUUUGCAUCUAAGGAUGUAAAUGUGCAUAUGCAAGUUAUGGCAGUUUGUUCAUUUAAUCCAUCAUGCAGCAGCACUCUCCCCUUUGAUGAGUAAAAUCAUCUCAAGUUUAAAGUAAUAUGGCAUUAGACAGAGUAAAAUAAUAAAGUGGGGGUGUGCAAUGCAACUUAUUUGGUUAAUUACCAUAAGUGCUAUUAUCUUUGUAGUCUUAAUUGUUUAAUUUAAUAUACAACAUUUAAUUGAUAGACAUAAAAUACUAAUAAAAUACUAUUUUUUAAUCACCUCUGUCAGAGGGAUAUAUUUUUGAGAAGGUUUGUAAUUAAAAUAAACUUUGCCAUGACAUAUGGCAAAUAUGACUAUAGAUAUACAGUCAUUGAAUGUGGUAAAACUAAUGAUAGUCCACCAAUAUCAAUUUUGCGACCAUUGGUGAGCUCACAGGCGGCUUAAGACAAAUGAAAACCUCCUAUAGUAAUUCAUCCGCGAUUGUCGCAGACAAUUGUGAGAAAUCAAAGAUAUUAACAUUCACAACAGUCGGUGGUAGUUGCAGAGACUCUACAAUAAUAAAACAAAUCAAACACUGUUCACAAGUUGUCCGUGACAGUCAUUUAACUUUUACAUAGUGGUCAACUUUAACCACAUAGUUAAGUCAGUUGUAUAAAAAUGUAGUUAGCAUAAACUGCAGUUUACAUUAGUAUCCGUUGUCACCAUACUUAUCUGUGUGGAUCAUGGUUAGGUGCAGACGUGGUCAGCUAAUGAUCUAGGGAUUUGAGUUACUUGGAUUCAGGUCCAAAUCAUGUGAACCUGUCCAUAUUUCAGGACCUGACCACCGAAUGUCUGCACCUUAGGCCUAAAAAAAUACCUGUGGUUCCAGUUUCAUAUCGUGAAAAAAGUUAGGGUCGGUAGGUCGGAAAUAAAAAUUUUUUUUGAAUAUUUUGGCAGUUUUUUUCUGGGUGAUUUGUAGUAGAGUCCCGACAUCAAUAUUAACUAGAGAUGCGUAUUUCCUAUGGACAAAUUUAGGCAAUUUGGUUCAAUAAUUAGUGUGGCAACAGACGCCAUUUUGGCACGCUGUAUGAGCAGCCAGCAACCACCUGGAGAAAAUAGGGUCGCACGGUCAAUCGUGUUGAAAAAAUAAUGGGGUCGGCAGAAAAAAUAGGGUCGGUCGGGAACCGGAACCACAGGUAUUUUUUUAGGCAUUAUCACACCGAACUAAGUGUUCAGUGGAAGUUAAACCAAAAGUCAAUUGUCGUCAUGAAAACAAAAAAAAAUAAUUUGGCUUCUUCUCUAAGCAGAUUAUCAUUGCAGUUGGCUGUGAGUUAGCUAAUGACCUGGGAGUCUGCUUGGCAUUCUCUAUAUCUGAUAUCCUGAGGGCAGAUGUCUUACCCAGACUGCAUGUGGUUCCUAUGAUAAUAACCUUUGUUACUAUGUAACCUCAUUAAACAUAGUUAAAGUUAACUAUGCCCUAGGAUAUCGUUAAACUUCAGAAACGUCCUAAAACGUAGUUAAAAAUGGCAUUUGAAUGGCUUUUAGGAGUGCUCAACAAUUUCAGUAACACCAUAAUGAAAAGCAAUGCUUACCUCGCAUUUUUCAAUCGCCAUCGUCCUUGUGGGAGGCUUCCUGACAGUCAUAAAGGUCUUUUAAGACCUUUAAAAAAUGCUGUAGCUUGUUAUAUAGUUUGUGUAUUCUGGCAAAAACAGAAAUAUAAUUUUUGCACACGACUACAGGAAGAUUCCUUGAAGACAAAGUGGGACCCAUAACACAAAGAAACACUGCUAUAUAUGUCAAACAGCUGCACUUUGAUUUGACUUAGACAUCUCAUAAAAAAGUACCUUCUUUCUUGAUUUUUGAAGGGAUUUUUGCGGCAUAAUUUCUUCCUAUAAAUUAUAAUUUCUUGUUUAUUUGAAAUUUGAGAUCAAGUUCCCGCCAAUAUUCCCGCCUUUUUGUGAAAUGCGAGUCCACAAUCAUGUUCAAAAUACAUGUCAGCGAUCGUUCAUCAUUCUGUACUUUAUGUAAUCUUGUGUUAAUUUUUUUUAAUUUUUAAAAACAUUUUUUGUGUUAAUUUAAAUCACUGCCACGCGGAAUGGUUUUCAAGGUGUUUUAGUAACAAUUUAUAUAACAAAGCUCAUGCUGAAUUGGCAUACAGUUACUGUAAACUAUAUUUCUGCUAUUGUUGCUUUUGUCCUCGCUUUAAAUUCUGUACUAUUUCGGUUUGCUAUUUGAAAAUAAUGUGCAAGAGUUUCCCCUUGACAAGUAAAAUCGUCUGGUGUGGUGUUAGACAGAGUAAAAUAAUAAAGCAGGACGCAUUAGGGCACAAUACAAGUUGAUAUGUUAACUUGUCCCAAGCUAUUGCCACUGAGAAUUGGAACCUUUAAUUGCUGUUGCUGGCUAAUAAUUGUCAGUGAAGUUUCGUUUGGGAAUAGGCAUGUUCUAUUUUUCAACCGGAAUGAUGGUAGAUAUAAAAGCUGGUAUACACUAUCAAAGUUUCUGUGAUCACCUGUCAGUAGGAAUUUUGCAUAGGUAAAUUCUAAGUUUUGACGAAUUUGUAAGAAAUCUUCGAGGGAACACACUUGUGCGAAACCUUUCUCUCGUAAGUGAUUUCCACAGUAGAGAAAAAAUUCGCCAAAACACAAGCAUUUGAUUGGUUUCGCUAUUUCCAUUUCGCAACGGAGCAGAAACACUGAAUCAGUUCCUUCAAACAUUUCUUACAAAUCCAUCAAAAUUUCCCAUGCAAAAUUCCUACAGCUGUUAUCACCAGAGGCCGAGGAAGCAUUUCGAAAGUGGAGGGGCAUUGGCCAAAAGGGGCACUUUUGUAUUCAGCUAUUUCAAUUAAGGUUGUCCCCCGAGCAAAGCGGAAAAGUCGAGUACGAGCGCGAAAGGCUGCUGGGAAUCGCUAACAAAUGAAUGAAUUUAUUAGCGAUUCCCAGCAGCCUUUCGCGCUCGUAUUCGACUUUUCCGCUUUGCUCGUAGCUGUAUGACCAAAAUCAAACGAUUUUAUGUCGUUCACGAGCCGAACGAAAAUUUUUGAAAAUAUGGAGUCUUUAUAACGUCGAAAAUGGCCUUUACAGUCUGGGAGUCUUUUAUACUACUGCAAAAAGGGCACUUUCUUUGCAGCAAAAGAGGGCGUUCAUUCAAGAAUUACUUUUUUCGUUCUUUAAACGGGGCACUUUAGCUCAGAAAAAAGGGGGCACAUGCCCCCAUUGCCCCCCCCCGGUUCCUCGCCCCUGGUGAUCACAGAAACUUUGAUAGUGUAAACAAGCUUUAAAUUAAAUCUAACUGGAAGCACUUUUCUCACACGAGACGGAGUUGAAGUUAUAUUCAGAAAACUGUACAUGGAAUGGAAUCCAGGUUACAAACUGUGAAAAGUAAAUGCACCAUGUAUAUUGUGAAUAGUUUCAUUACAGAAAAAAUAUAACGCAGAGUGUUGAUACCUUUAUUUCACAUUAGGAAACUAGACGGCACAAAUUCUGAGAUCACGACCAAAACAUUUGAUGCAGUUAUGAUAUGUAACGGCCAUUUCUGGGGCCAAGUUAAGCCUAAUAUUCCAGGAAUGGAGAAAUUUAAAGGUGUCAUAGUGCAUAGUGGAGAUUACAGAACGUUUCAUCCAUACGUUGGUAAACGAGUCGUAAUUGUAGGGUGUAGUCACUCAGCUGGUAUGUAUAUAGUUACUAUAAUGAUAUACAAUUAUUCUUAAGCAAAUAAUUGGGGGUAGAUCCAGGCUCAUAAUUGAUACAGGGCUCAUCUUUACCAUUGCACAAUAUGUCAGAAAUACAUUGCCAACCGUGACAAUGGGAUGUUUUCCAGAGUUCCUUCCCCCAUGAACAAUCUAUAGUCAGUUUCCAAGCAAAACCAACACACAAAUUCUGUCUAGUACCAACAAAAAGUCUUGACUAUUUUUAUGUUGUUUUAGGCGAUAAAAUCAUAAACCUAACUCACAUCCAACUCACAUAUAAAAUCAUCCGAUGUUAGACAAGUAAAAUAAUAAAGUAGGGCGCCUCAGGGCGCAUUGCUUACAUACACACAGAUGUUAUUUUUAUUUUCCAAACCAGCUGAUAUCGCUGUUGAACUAAGUCAUCAUGCUGCCCAAGUCUACAUAAGCACAAGUGGAUGUUAUGUUUUUACACGUCUUGGCCGUGGAGGACAACCUCUCGAUUUUGAUAUCUCCAGAGCAACCCAGCUUAUACCAUUACCACUAGAAAUUGCACUAAAAUUUCACCCUGGACUGGUGAACAACAAAGUUGAUAUGCAAAACUUUGGCCUUCAACCAACAGGCACCCUCGGUGUACAUACAUUUGGAAUUGUCAACGAUGACAUUCAACACCGUAUUAUAACUGGCAGUAUAAAAGUCAAAGGGAAUGUCAAGGAGAUUGCAGAAAAUUCUGUAACUCUCGAGGGGGGCGAGACAUUGGAUAACAUUGAUGCUUUAGUGCUUGCAACCGGAUUCAAACCAAAAUAUCCAUUUGCAAAAGAUAUCAUAGAAGUAAAGGAUGAUUUCUAUAUCAGUUUAUAUAAGCAUGUGUUUUUGCCUGAUGAUGAGUGGCAUACAUUAGCUGUGAUUGGUGCAGCGGGGGUCGGAGGGCCUGUGCCCCCUGUUUGUGAAAUGCAAGCAAGAGUUGCCGUAGAAGUGUUUGCGGGGAGAUGUAGUUUGCCAAGUGAAGGUGAAAUGGAAAAGGAGAUUGUAGAACGGGAACAAUGGUGGCUGAAAACUGGAUCGUCCAAAUACAACUUUAUGAGGGUGAGUACAUAAUGGUGUUGCCAGUGGAUAGAAGGUUUAGUUAUAACCACAAUAGCAAUGAUACUAAUUAUAGUACGGUGAUGGUGAUCAUGGUGAUGGCGGUUAUGGUGAUGGCAAUUACAGUAUGGUGAUUAUGAUAGUAGUGGUUAUGGUGAUGGCAAUUAGGGACCGGUCAUUAAGUAACUGCUAGGGUGGGCUGGAGUGAUUUGGGAUGGGCCAUGGAAAAUCUUUGGGCAGUUUCGAUGGGCCGCCAAUUUUUUGGUAUGUCCACGUUUGGGCCACCAAACAAAAACCCAUGUUAAAUAUAUUACAUAAAGAUAUUAAUAAUAAAAGUAAACAAAACUACCCAAAUUAUCAAAUGCAAAUGAUGCUAUUGAAGCCAUUACUUUGUUUUAUACAACAACAAGAAGUGGUCGAAUCACAGCAAAUACAACCAACUGGAGAGCAGCUCAGUAUUGUAAUUGGUGAUGAAUGUGUUGGUCAAGCUUGGUGGAAUUAUGUAUGUCAAUACAGUGCCGGUGUAUAUUUACAAUGUUCAUACCUGCAAGUUUUUUAUUGUUAUAAAAUUGUAUUUUCCCAAUUUAGAUUGGGUGGGGGGAGGGGGGAGGGGUUAUGAAAUAAAUUUGGCAAGAUGGGCUUUGAAAUUUUAUCUACAUCCUAAGAUGGGUCACCAAACUUAUUGGCAAAAUUUGUGAUUUACCUCCAGCCCACAGUUACUUUAUGACCUACUCUAGCAGUCCCUUAUGGUGGUGGUGGUUAUGGUAAUUAUGAUGGUGGUGAUUGUGUCUGUGGUGACUGUUGUCAUGGUUGUGGUGAUUAUUAUGGUUGUGGCGAUUAUGAGAUGCUUGGGAUAAUGAUGACGAUGAUUGGACCACUAUGAUGUCUCCUAAUAAUCCUGCUAAUGGUGAUAAUUAAUUAUUGGUAAACUACAAUAGUGUAGGAAAUAUAUAUGGUUGUGGUAGUGAAGGCUGACGGUGGUUAUAAUUUCAAUAGUGUUCAUUUGUGCCAAAGAUCUUUCAGUUGCUUACAAUAAAUUUUUCAUCCAAAUAUUUUGAAGGUUAAGUAUGUCUCCUAUAUGAAUGAACUUGGUGAGAUGAUCGGCGCCAAGCCCAACUUAUGGUCAAUAUUCAAAGAAGAUCCAAAACUGGCCUAUCAAGUUUUCUUUGGAACUACCGUCCCAACUCAAUAUCGACUGCAAGGACCCAACACUUGGAAGGACGCGAGGAAACAUAUCAUGAGUUUUCAAGAACAGUAUCUUUGUCCAUUAAGUACCAGAAAGUGUGCACCAUCAGCAGAAAGUAACAGUCAUGGUGUUCUUAUAUUUAUUUUUGUGAUUGUUUUUGCUGUAGUUGCAAUAAUGCUCAAGACAUGAAACCACGUACUAGUGACAAUAGAAUAGCCAAAGAACAUAAUGAGACUUGUGAUUAAUUCCUAAAUUUACUAUAAGUGUGUUUUGCAUCAAUUGAAAAUGGGGAAAAGCGGUCACUCGAAACGUCGAAGUUUUUUUUUGUAUUUUUCAGGCAGUUGUAUAGUUUAAAGACGACUACUGUUUGUAUUCAUUGUUAUACAGUAUAUGGGCGGAUUAUUGCAAAGACGCAAACUAUUUACGAUUAUGUAUAGUGUGGCUAUAUACAGGGUGUCCACCCCUUUGGUGAAGGUGAAAUUCAAGGACUUUUCCAGGAUUUUCAAGGCCCUUUUUCAGAAAUUCAAGGACCAAGAACUGGGGAAAAUCUUUGAAAAUGGCAUGGAUUUGCCGUAAAUAAUUCACUUUAUCCAGUAAUUAAAAUCACUAAUGUUGGCACAGCUGGAGGUUAGGGAAAUUAAUUCCAGGACUUUCAAGGACUUCUACUGAUUUUCAAGGACUUUCCAGUCCUGGAAUUUUUUUUCCAAUUUUCACACCCUGUAUAUAUAAACUGAAUAUCAUAUUCUACCACAAUUUUUUAAAUCUCGAAUGGUCUGUGCCAGUGUAGGUGCUAGCGACGAUAAGAAGACAGCUAUACGGAUUGAAAGAGACUCAACUACCUGAGAAAUACAAGCAGAACUUCAACGUUUCGAGCGAAGGCCUUUCGUCGGGAAGAUAGUAGCGUAACUUAAAGUGUCGAAAUUUUGUUGGCAUCUCACUCCAUUCAAUAAUAGUUGAAGGGUCUUGUAGAUGGAAAUUAUAUCGAGUCGAAAUUUAUAUACAUUUAUUUCAUGAUUGAGUCGCUUUCUUUUGUUAUUCAAGACCUUAUAUCUAGCGUAAUUACUCGUCCAUCUGAAAGUCCGGGGAGGGAUUUGAUUUUCAGCAGGGAAGAGCGGGCCUGAUGUAUGAAUUUGAAUUGCUCAAUACACAC